CUACAUGACAUUUUGAUUGGCGAUCUACAUGUACCUGUAUAUGUGUUUGCUAAACACACAUAUUCUGUGUUUAACACAUUUCUGUGGUGAUCAGCUGAGCUCAUUUGGCUCCGCCUCCAGGCGCGAGGUCAGGCCAAGGUCAACGUUAUAACAAACGGUUCGGCGCCGUGCUGUCGGUCAAAGUUCACCAUAAUAAGCAUAUCAAAGCAAAAGAGCGGUACAUGUAGUACAAAUUCCGAUGCAUUUUGUCCACGGCAUUGAAUGACGGACCCUCCCACUGUACAUACACAUGCAGAGCUGCAAUAAACCAGUAUUCUAGAAUCGUAUCUAUUGUGCUUCGUUGAAUUAGAAUUUAGCGAUUCAGUUGCUAGCGCAAUUACACAUAAACAACCUCAAACACUAUCAUUAUUAUUAGGGUAAUUUAGACUGAAAUCCACGAUGAAGCUACGUUGGGGUAUUUGCACGACCGGUCUAAUCAGCAAUGACUUCGUGUUGGCGCUCAGCCUUCUCCCUGCUGAAGACCACGAGGUGGUUGCCGUAGCUGCUCGGUCUGAAGCCAAUGCUAAGAAGUUUGCUGAGAAACACAAGAUUGCCACGGCUUAUGGCGGAUAUGAGGCUCUGGCAAAGGAUUCCAAUGUUGAUAUCGUGUACAUUGGCUCAUGGAUCCACGUCCAUCUUCCUUUGUGCAAGCUUUUCCUUGGCCACGAUAAGAAUGUCCUCUGUGAGAAACCCUUGGCGCUGAACAAGAAGGAAGUCCAGGAGAUUGUGGACUUUGCCAAGGAGAAAAAUCUCUUCUUCAUGGAGGGCUGGUGGAAUCGAUUUUUCCCCAUGAACGUAAAACUCCGUGAGCUUCUUGCCGCAGGUCAUAUUGGCGAAAUCAAGACAGUUUUGGGAUCUUUUGGUAUCCCCAAAUACAAGGAUGAAAGAAUCGAAAACAAAGAGUACGGAGGAGGCGGACUGUUGGAUCUUGGAGUGUAUCUUGUUCACGUGACGCUGAUGAUAUUUAACCAGACGCCGCUAUCUUGGUCCACCAAAGGAUUCCUUGCACCAUCAGGCGUGGAUGAGACUACAGUUACAACCAUUCUGUUCCCGAACAACGCCAUAGCAACGCUGUCGUGUAGCGUAGGGGUGCAUCUUCCAAAUGAGUUCGAAAUCCGAGGCACUAAGGGAUAUAUCAAGAUUCCGCCCAUGUUUUGGUGUCCAUUGAAGAUGGAAGUGACCACCUUCAUUCAGAGAAGUGAUAAUGUCUUGGAUAUUGAGGAAAAACACGAGGUAAUGGAAUUCCCACUUGCGAGUGACAAAGAAGGAUUUAAUUACCCAAACAGUGCUGGGUUUCAGUACGAAGCUGAGGCAGUGCGUCAGUGCAUUAUGAAAGGUCUGAAAGAAUGUCCCACUGUCAGUCAUAAGGACAGCUUGUUGGUGCAUGAGAUACUGCAAGACGCACGGCACGAUGUUGGAUAUCUACUCGAUGCCGACAAGACCCGGCAGACGACGACUAUGCCUUGCCAGUAAAAUCUUACCAAAUAAGGUAACGCCACGCUCACGCGCGCGUUCUUAAUUUGCGUCGCGCGCGUGAAAACGUUUUCCUACUGGUCAAAGGAGUAUUGAGUGUGCGCGUACAAUUUAUACGCGAAUGUAAUCCUAUUGGACAAAGGAGAAUUGAGCGCGCGCGUACCACCUGUGCGAUACGCGUGGUGCCAUUUCAAUAAAUGCUUCAAAGGGAUUUUUUUAUGUAGUUGGGAUUUGAAUCAUGUUCUCAAUGGCAUGCAAUGGCUUGGUAUUAAAAUCUUCUGAUAUGACUUUUAAAGGAUAAAACGACCGAUCUUUUGUGCAUAAAGUUACAAUAACGAAUUAGUGCCUUCCUGAUAAGUUAAAUUCUGAAAUAUACUAACAAAUUUAUUAAUGACUAUGUUUGUUUAAAGUUUGUGUUUGAGUGUUAUGCCGUUUCAUAAUACCAUUGUGAAUACAAUGUGUAUUUCAUUUUAAACCACAGUGAAUUUACAUUUCAAUAAUUUCUUUAAGAUUUUUGCCUUUUAAGUUGUUUUCACCGUCAAUGACACGGCAGGAUGUAAACAUAUAUGUAAAUAUGACUUCAAUCAGUCAAUAUUGGUUCAUAAUUCUAUAUUAUUAUUCCACACAUCUUAAAAUAUGAGCUUGAUAUAAUGUGUAUGUCAUUUAUUUUGAUUUCAUAUGCAGCGAAUAUUGAAUAGAGAAAAGGAACAAAUGUGAUCAAAAGCUUGAAAAAAAAAACACACAGAAUAAAAAGGUAUUAGAAUAGGUAACAAAAUAUAACUUUUUUAUUGAUUCAAUUGUAAGGCAACAAAGAAUGUUCAUGCACCAGUAAAAUGCAAUAAUCAGUGUGGAUUGUAAAACAGGAAUUUGAUAAAUCACACAACUGAAGAAACUAUGCUUGUUCUGACUGUUUGAGAAAAUGUUUUGAGAAAGAUUUAUGCUAUUUGUUAAUCUAGAUUCCUCAUAUUAAUCAGAAUUUUCAGAUUCGAUAAAAAAAAAAAAAUUGGUAAAAAUUGAUUUUGACAGUACUUUACCACAACACCUAGUUGCAAUUAAGAUACAAGUUGAGAAGUUUUAUUCCAAAUUUAGCACUUUUAAGAAAAGGUCAUGAAAUACAGUUCUAAAUUUCAUGUCUUCCGUUUCGGUUGACCCAAGUUCGCAUCCAACCUAGUACACCAUAUGGAUUAGUCUUAUCAGUACAUUCCUGAUUACUGGUGGGUUUUCCUCUAAAAACGACUCUAUAGGAUUUUCAUUUCGCACCGUAAAUCGACAAUUAUUCAAUGCCUCUCCCAUAUAAUUCUUGGUUAAAUGGUGAGAAUCCUUGUUUUAUCACAAUGUACAAAGACAAUACGAGUGUGCUUGAUAUGUCUGUGCUGUAAUAAUGAUUUGUACUCAAAAUGAUUACAUUAAAAAGUUGACAUUAUGAUUCAAGGAAACAUACAAUAAAU